GGAUACCAAAUAUGUAAAACUUAGCUAUUAUGCACUAAAUAAGUAUUAACAUAUGAUUCACGACGGUAACACCUAAGAUAGUAACUUCCCUCCUAUCGGUGCUACUCAUCGGUCCUACUGGUAAUUUACCCCGUGCUUGCCCGUUUAACCACGGAUACUGUACUGAGGUUAAGACUAUUAGUUCCUACCUUAGCUGUUUUAGUUAUGCGUGAGGCAGGUACUAUGGUGUCGUGCAGGUCUGCGUUAAAAACCCCGCAAUGUAAGAAGGAAGCUCCCCGCAGUGAUCUUGAAAACAGUGAUCUUGAAAACUACCUACGUAACCAUCGCAGUAGUUUGUCAUCUACAAUAAGAUCAACUACUUUCUGUCUCUAAACCAACCCGAUCAAGCACCAGCACGACUCAGUUAGCCAUCCUUGCAUCAUCCAACAUGCCUCGUGUCAAGUACGUCCUGCUCGACUGCGACAACACGCUUUGUCUGUCGGAGCGUUUGGCCUUUGAGGCUUGCACCGACUUGACCAACGAGGUCUUGGAGAAGUGGGGCAAACCCGAGCGCUACACUGUCGAGCAGCUGCUAGAGGACUUCGUCGGCCACAAUUUCCGUGGUAUGCUCAUUGGCUUGCAGAAGAAGCACGACUUCACUAUGACACCUGAGGAAGUGGAUGCGUAUGUCGACCGUGAGCUCGGUGCCGUGACUGCAAAGCUGAGCGAGAAGUGCCAGCCCUGCCCCGGCGCACCUGAGCAGCUCGAGGCGCUCAAGCAAGCAGGGUACCCCAUGUCUGUUGUCAGCACUUCAGCCAAGCCCCGUGUCGUUGCCAGCCUGAAGAAGGUCGGCAUUGACCACUACUUCCCUGACGAGCACGUGUACAGCGCUGCUACUAGCCUGAACCCUCCUUCUAGCAAGCCUGACCCUGCCAUCUACAACUACGCCUGCAAACAGCUGGGUGUCAAGAAUGAGGAGUGCGUUACCGUCGAGGACAGCAAGAGCGGCGCUACCGCUGCCAUGCGUGCGGGUAUCCCUCUGAUUGGCUACGUCGGUGUCUACGGUAUCGAAGAGGGCAAGGAGAAGAUGGAGGAGAUGGCCAAGCUCUUGACCGAGCAGUGCAAAGCCAAUGUCAUCAUGUACGACUGGAAAGAGUUCCCGGAGUGCCUCAAGAAGAUCGAGGAGUCACUAUAAGUUGACUUGCAUGAUGAAGUCGGCUCGCAUCUUACGGAAGCUUCUCCUGCUCCAUGCGGCCAUCAUACGAAUUUUUGGGAGACUGCUUUAUGAUUGAGGAAGCUUGCGCAUCGGCGGUACCUUUGAUUUUUCUCCUUUACGGAUUUAGA